GUAUUAUGAUAUGAGGUUUGUAAAUUUAUUACAAAAAUAAUAUAUAAAUGGAACACCAAUCAGAUAUGGGGACUUACGGAGAAAGCCCUAAUGUACAAAAUAGUGGUAAUUAUAUUACAAUUAUUCCAGUCGAUUAUUCUCGACGUGGGUAUCCCAUUCAAGCAGAAUAUCAGUACAACGAAUUCAGAUCACGCGAAGAAUACUAUUCAGUGCAAAGUCAGAAACUCCAAGCUGAAGUGAAUGCGCAUUUGUACUCCGUGUCCCAGAGGUUGCCCCACUUGUCUUAUAGCCCUUUGGGCCGGCAUAAUGACUGGGACAAACACGAUUCGCACAAGCCACUGCCCGACUCGAAGGAGAGCAAUAGUUCGGAUUCCUUGGAGAAAAGUGUUAUGGGAUCAAACCUAAGUAGUUGUUCAAACCAGACGGGUUCCAGUAGCAUAGCUGCAGGAUCCUUUAGUACCACCGAACCCAUCACCAGUGGUGGGAGCUCGUCUAGCGCCAUUUCACCACCACUACCUGGAUCAUCAGGCAGUACAGCAUCAUCUUCGACGGGUACCUCGAACCCAGUUACUUGCGUGUAUCUAAUGUCACGAGUGGCCGUUAUGGUGGAGAUGAGUUCGGAAGAAGUGCCAUCAUGUGUCACAGCAUCUAGGUUCCUCAACGCCGUACUAUCGGCAGAGGAGUUAGGGUUAAAUACACCCAGCGUAAGGAAUCUUGCCGCUAAUGUGUUCGCGUUGUGGAUGUGCAGUCCUCUGUUGGAAAUCCAAUUAAAGCCGCACCAUUGUCCGUGGAAGAUAUGGGCGGGUUGGCAGAAGUUGUUACAGCGGUACGGCCACGCGUCUGACUCGCGGCGCUCGCGAGACCAACCCGCGCUCAGAUUGCAGAGGAAUGUGUUCUUUCCUAAGCAUUUGGAGGAAGGGAUAAAGGAUUCUCGUAUCCAAGAGUUGCUAUAUGAGGAAGCGCGACACAACGUGGUGACUGGGCGGUAUCCGCUAGAGAGCGCUCAAGCUCUGAUGCUGGGCGGCCUUCAGGCGCGCAUACAGCUGGGGCCAUAUGACCCACAUCGACACACUGCUAAGUUUUUUAGGGAAAACCAAGACAAGUAUCUCCCCAAACACGCGCGCUCUGGUCGUUGGGCGCGGUUACUACCCGCCGGUCGUAAGGGUAGCCCUGAAGCUAAGUUACUGGAGCAGGCCCAAAGGCCACCAGCAGCUCCGCCACGAAAGUUGCGCCACAAGUACCUCGCUCAUACCAGAACACUGCCUACUUAUGGCGCUGCGUUCUUCCAAGGUCAGAUCGAGCAGCCAGUCCGAAGUCUGACCAGCUUGCUCACUCACGAAGACAUACCAGUUCUGGUCGCUGUCAAUUCCAAUGGUGUUUACGUUAUUGACGAUACUGAAAGUACGGUGUUACUGGGCCUUCUAUAUGAGGAGCUAUCCUGGGACAUCGGUCUACCAUCAGACGACAAUGAAGACUGUCUGCCGUGCCUGUUCCUGCAGUUUAUGGUGGUGGAAAAUGGUCUACGGGUCUCCAAGAUAUUGCAGGUGUUUUCAAAACAAGCCGUGAUGAUGGAUACGCUGAUAGAGCAUUUCGCGGGCGAGUACAGAAAGCGACUCGGCCAAGAGACGCCGAGUGACCACGCUAAUUAUGACUAUCAUUCAGACUCGGGCAGCAUAUCCCUCCCCCCGCUCUCCCGCCCGGACUCUCCCCAGCGGCGCCUCGCCAACAAGCUGUCCCGGCUCGCGCUGGCGACGCACGACGGCCGCGGCAACCUGCUGGGGGGCGCGGGGGACUGGUCCACGGGGAUACACCACCCGCAGCCAUCUUGGAUAUUACCGAAACAUUAA